AUGAACUUCAGUCCGCAAGAUCUUGUUCAUUAUUUUUCAGCCGCUGCUGGCGCCUUUCCACUCGACAAGCCGGGCAUUUAUCUUGUCUCUGAAGACGAGGAAGACCUGGUGGAGAAGCUGUGGACAGGCACUGAAAUCAAGGAUGAAUUCUGGAUUGCCGGUGAAAUACGCACGAACAGUCCAGCAUUAUAUUUGCUGAAAGAGAACGAUAGACGUGUCCUGUGCGUCGAUCAGGAUAACAAUCUCUUAUGCUUUACUUGGGACGCGGAAGAAGAUGGAUGGAACCAGGUCACCUUGGACUCCAGCGAAUCACUUGCUGUCCACGCUUCGAGCCAUCUUAGCGGUUGUUAUGUCCCUGAAGGCCAGAUAGUCUUCUUCGAGGACCCUUCUGGCAGCUUGCAAAAGAUCCGGAUUGAUGAUAACGGAGUAUGCGAGAGACUGCCUUCCCUCGUAGAGGGAUAUCAGAGCGGAACACCGCACUGUGCCGUCAUUUCAGAGGCCCACGUCCUCCACCUGCUCUAUGUUCAUCAAGACCAUUCCAUUCAUGAUCUUGCGCAGGGGCUGAGAAGCGGCGAGUGGCGGGACACGGCACUCCCCGGAACCCAGGCUCGGCUCGAGGAGAACGAGCAGAUCAUCAAAUUUAUGCCGAUCCCCAAGCACGAUCUGAGCUUCGAGCUCAUCGCUUUGACGUCAUCCGACGCCUUGGUUCGUAUCGAUAAUGACGGAUCGAGGAUAGUCCUAGGAAAAGUCGUCAAUGGCCGCUUCAUGCCCACAUCAACCGAGGAGUGUGUCAUUGAGACAAUGAGAUUGAUCAAGAAAGGCGUCAAGGCUGUGUCUGGCGGGUUAAAAACAAAGAAGUAG